AGAAAGAAAGAAAGGUGUGAAUAAGAUUAGAUAUACAUAUGUAAACGAAUUCCUACAGAAGUUCUAUAACGCGAAUGAAUAAAAGUGAAUAUCGGCUCGACAGGUAUUUGACAGAGCUCCGCGGGACAUAGAUCACAGACACGGGGUUGUGGGUGAGGGGUUGUGUGGGUGAGGGGGUCGACAGAUACCGGGAGAGCGGGUGGUGGCGGCGGCGGCCGGUUCGCCUUGACUCGGCCGCCGUCCGCGGCGGAUCGUCUCCCGCCCGGGGCGGCGGGCCGGGGCCGGGGCCGCGCCGGGCCGCCGGCCGCCACCGUCCGGCAUACGAUCGGUGGUCGCCGAGCCGUUCACUUCGCCAUGGCCUCGUGUCGUCUAGCCCUGAUCGCGCUCUGUUGCGCCGCCGUGGCGGUGCAGACACAGGCUCAGUUCUCCAACAACCGGUUCUCCUCCCGAAGGACCAGCUCCAGCUCGUCCCCCGGAGCCAGGACUUCGGCCGAGACCCGCUCCAGCUUCAACAGCCGCAGAGGCAGCCAGCGCUCCAGCCAGUUCUCCAGCCAGUCCUCGCGCGCCGGCGGCUUCAGCUCGGGACGCACCGUCUCCUCCUCAUCGUCCACGUCCUCCAACACGGGCGGCUUCGGCAGGUCCACGUUCGGCUCCAACCGGCGCGUGACCACCAACUCUAGGGCGUCCGGGGGUCGCAGCUCCCUGGGACAGACGGGCGGCAGCGCCUCCCGCAGCAGCUCCAACAGCCUGCUGAAGCAGGAGCCCACCGUCAACUUCAACUGUCCCGAGCCGGACGGCUUCUUCGCCAACAACGAGCAGUGCGACAAGUACUUCCAGUGCACGGACGGCGUGGCCAAGGAGCACCUCUGUCCGGACGGCCUGCUGUUCCACCCGGAGCGACCCUACCCCUGCGUCUACCCGGUGGAGGCCAGCUGCCCCCGCUCCGGCCGGCUCCAGAGCGCCAAGGCGACGGCCGACUGUCCGCGUCAGUUCGGCCGAUACGCGCUGCCGGACACCGCCUGUCAGGGCUACAAGGUCUGCGUGAAAGGAGAGGCCUGGGAUAUGACGUGUCCCGGCGACCUGCUCUGGAACCAAGAUAGCCAUAUGUGCGACUACCCGGACGUGGUGAAGGAUGGGUGUACAGAGGCGUACCUGGGCUUCCAGUGUCCUCAGCGCGAGUUCACCGAGAACCAGGUGGGCGAGUUCACCAAGGAGCAGCAUCCGAGCGACUGCACCAAGUUCUACGUGUGCAUCAACAAGGAGGAUGGCACGGUGGCGCCGCGCCUGCAGGGCUGCCCGGAGGCGUCUGUGUUUGACCCCGUCAAACGGCACUGCACCACCGAGCCCGAGCAGGUCCCUGGAUGCGAGAACGCGAUCCCUGAGGAGGUGCUGGCCGCCUUCCGUCAGCGAGACAGUGACGAGAAGGAGCGGCGGGCUAACCGGCUGGCCGAGCUCCGAGCCAAGCUGCAGGGCUGAGCUCUGAGCCAGGGCCGGGAGCUGAGCUCUGAGUCAGGGCCGGGAUCUGAGCUCUGAGUCAAGCUGCAGGGCUGAGCUCCUAUCCAAGCUGCAGGGCUGAGCUCUGAGUCAGACUGUAGGGCUGAGCUCCGAGCCAAGGCGGGGAGCUGAGCUCCGAGCCAGGGCUGGGAGCUGAGCUCCGAGCCAAGCUGCAGGGCUGAGCUUUGAGCUAGGGUUGGGAGCUGAGCUCUGAGCCAGGGCCGGGAGCUCGCUGGGAUAAACGGCGACUUCGCGAGUUCGAAGCCGACCGAAAUGAGGUCCGAGGGUGACAUGUCAACAUCAAAACAGAGGGAAGAAGAGGGCAAUCAAGGCAGAUCAUAGCUGUCCUGUAGAACUGUACGACAACCUAAUAGAACUGCGCCGUAGGAUUAUCAACGGACAUUAGUAAACAGACGGUGCCUUAGUCGAGCCUAUGUGUGUGUAUUUUCGAAGACAUUGGAAAACAAAUUUCGGAGAAAUUAUUAUAUGAUGGAUCGUUGGAGACAUGUCGCUCGUUUUAGGGCACAAUAAGUCAUGAAUUUUAUUUAAAAAAAAAAUACGAGGUGCUCAUUUGAGUUCAUUUUUCAUUAUUCACUCACGUAGGAACCAAUGCUAUCCUACCGACUUCAACUCAUUUACAUAUGUUCAUGGGCAUGAAAUAUAUGCUACUCCUUCACGCUCCAGCGGGAUAUAUGAAUAAAAUUGGUUGGUAUGUAUA